CUCUUCGUGAAGCUUACCUUCUACAAACGAUUUCGAUACACCUUUUAUCGAAACUAUGAAGAGCAAAAACUGUCCCUCUAUUCGGAGGAAUCCUUUUAUUUUUCCUUCUAUGAUGACAUCGUGAAAUCGGAGACCUACCUGGAGGGCAUCAAGCUGCUCAUGUACUCUGCGCACAAUUGGGGAAGGCCCCGAGAGGACAAUGGUGAUCACACAAAGCUGAUCACCUCUCACCGACUUCCCUUCAGAUACGAUGACAGAAGCGAACACCCCAACACGAUCAAUGCCAUUCGGCGUUUUAACAUUUACCCAGAAAUUGUCCUCGGAACAGUCUGGAGGAUGUUCAAUUUAAAGGAGCACUUCUUAACUCCUUUCAACUUUUACGUCUACGCAGUUCUGCUUUCCCAAUCUGCCAGCGUCAGCGUCUUAUUCUUUUUCGCCGUUUAUUUGGGACGGUCCUACAUUUCGGGCGUCAUUUUUUUAAUGCUUUUUUUUUCCUGCUAUAGGGAGAAAUUCAUCAUGCGAUUAUCGGGUGGGUUCUUGGAGUGUGGCCCCCCACCAAGGGGGGCGUUCCCACUGAGAGAGAAUUUCUCCUCAGUCUACAUGUGGUGCAACAUCCUACUCAUUUAUGCCAUUUUACGGGAGAGGAAGUUUUCCGUUUUCGUGACGCUGACCCAUGUGGUUGCUCUGUUCGGACUAGACCUCCUCGGAUUUGACAUUCAGAAGGAGUUCCACAGAAUCCUCGUCACAUUAUCCUGCUCCUACGUAGUUUCCCUCGUAGUGACCUUCUUCCCGCGUUAUUUGCUAUGCACCUACUUGCCAUUCGUGUUGGCUGCGCUGAUUAUCACGAAUGGGAUUUACCGACGGGGAGGUGGUAGAACCCAUGAUGAAAGACCUGAACCCGUUUCUAACCGAAGGGAUGGUGCCCAGCAUAGGAUUGACCCCUCUUGCACAGCGUUGCCCCUCCAGUUCGAUCACUUACGAAGCCAAGUGGGGUUCAUGCUGAAGAAGGGGUUCACAUCUAUAGCGAUUUUCCUCCUCCUUCGACUGACUACCAUCGGAAUGGAAAAGGAUGAUUCUCACGUUCUGUCUCUUCUAAAAGUGCGUCUGCAUCUAAGUAGCCACGACUUCGACAGCAUGAUCUACAGUUUGGGUUCAGAAUUCAAUCCCUUCACCAAGUACAUGUUUGGCAUGAUAAAGCAGACCUCCCUCUUCGACUACUUCGUCUUUCUUACUUUGAUUCUGCUCCUCUACGUGGUGAAUUAUGUUACAUCCGUUUGGAGGGCUAGACGAGGGGGGAAUUCCAAAGGGGAGAAAAGCGAUGAACAACCAAGACGUGACAAAGGGGCCCGCUACGACAACGGGGUAAAGGUCCGCUUCGAAGUUUUCCACGUGCAGUUCUUCUACCUGGUGAUUCAGUUCAUAUUUUUCGCCCUGCUCAUGCUAAUCAUCUCUCGGUUGCGUGUCCUGGCCCUGCCCCUGAUGUGUCUGCUUAGCAGUCUAGUGGGGUCUCCACACCUUCUUGGGGACAUCUACAGUGUCACACGGGAAAAUUUGUUCCACCUCGGGACCAGCAAGAAGAACCUGUCCCGUCUAGUCAUCCAGGCGAUCUGCCUGCUAGAAUGCGCGUACCCAUUUGCAAAAUACUUCCCAACCUACGAAUACAUCAACCUCGCCGAAAACGACCCAGUCAACAUAGAGAAGAACUUAGAUCUGGUUGUGUGGCUUCGGCAGAAUUUGAAGGAAGGUGAACCCAUUAUUACAGACAUCCCUACAUCUAGCUUCCUCAGAUCGACAACCAACUUUAAGAUGGUUCUGAACCCACAAUACGAAAAUGUAGCCAUGCGAAGGAGAGUGCAGGAUUACUACAUGUUCUCCUCAUGCUUACCUUUCAGUGAUGCGAAAAGGUACUACUACGAUAGAUAUAAGGUGCGCUAUUUCGUGGCAAAUAUUUUUAGAUGCGCUUCUACAUCUACCCAAGUGCCCAAUGCAUUUAGCAUUGCUGAGUUAGUGGGUUCAGACUAUGCCAGAUGUAGAGACAAAACAAGUAUGAGGUUCUGCCAGCGAGUGCUAUACGACGACAGGAACUAUAAGACCCUUUACCGAAACGGAAAGUUCAGCGUCAUUUAUUUUGACCCGACAGAUGAUGUUCUCGACGAUUCUCCCUAUGAGCAGUUCGAUGAGGAGAAAUACGCUGAUAUGAGGUUCUACACCCCCUGGAUUUCCAGAUGCAUUAAAACGGAUUCUAAAUGCAAGAAACACAUUGUAGAUGUGGCUAGAUCCCACCUCGAUAUCCUCCGAUACAACAAAAUUGGAUUCGCACUUUACCAGUUCGUGGAGUGGUCCUUCCUCGGGGAAAAAAAUCCAGUUCCAUUCAGGGAGGGUGAUCUUCUCUCCGUGGGUACCCACCCCUCUGAUGAACCACCCCAACAGGGGCACAACCUGGACACUCUUUUCCACCUGGCCGAGUUUUACGACUACGAUAUGCGCGAUAUGAAGAAGGCGCACGAACUGUAUAAGAAAGCCAUCCAGCUGAUCACCUUCCCGAACGGAUUCGACCGACCUGAUCAGACUGACCACCCCUACGUGACCCUUCCCAUUUUGGAUCCCUUCGUCCCCAUUGCGAAGCGCAUGCAGAUGAUUACUUCGUAUAUCUACUUCCUGCUAGACACGCCUUCGUCGUCUGCACGGGCCGACAUCCUCAAUCUGUACCAGAACAUGGACCUCCUGGUGGUCGUGGCGGGUUCUGCGCUGGACGACGGGUUCUACUACGAAGGGGGUGCCCCUCGAAUGAAGGAAUCACCCAACGCAUACAAUGCAAACAAUACAACCAAUGCAACCAACGCAACCGACCUUUCCGAUGCACCCCCAACGGAUGGCCCACACGCCGGCCAAACGAUCAGAAGAACAUUCCACCCAGGGGAUCUCGACUCAGCCGUAACUCUCCUCUGCGAAAAUGCAACCUACCUCUACAAAAUAAGGACAAAAAACCGACAGUACAUUCCCAUUUAUAAAAAAAUGUGGAACCUUGCUAAGCGCGUUUCCCACAUGAAUGAAUGUGUUCUGCGGAAUUACCAAACAUUUGAACGCAGGCGGAUUGGGGUCCUGGAUUACCUGGCCUUCUUCUACCUCUACCGC